AUGUUAAAACCAACAUUUUAUGCUUUCAGAUAUAAUAUUUUGAAUGAAAAAUAUACAAGUAAUCCAUUUGCCUUAACACCGAAAACAACUUCCACCACUCGUUGGAAUGCAAAGUACGAGUCAUUUAAGGCAAUUUAUGAAUCUUAUGAUGAAAUAUUAGAAGCGUUACUUUAUAUUACAAAUGGCACUGAACAAUUUGAUAGUGACACACGAAGAGAAUCAUGGUCAAUAACAAAAAGUAUGAAAACAUUUAACUUUAUUACAUAUUUUAUUUUUAUGAAAAAUUUGAUGGCAACAACAAAUGCUUUGACUUGUGAAUUUCAAAAAGAAAAAUUAGAUCUUGCAACAGCAGCUGAAACUUUAGAAAAAACAAUACAAUUAUUAGAUUUAGAACGAAAUGAUGAUGAUAAUUUACGUCGUAUUUUGAGUGUUAGUGAAAAUUUUGCAAAAAAAAUCGAUAUAGAUCCAGAUGAAGAGUUCAGCAUCAAGCAUCGAGGACGACGACCACCAAGACGAAUCGAUGAAAAUCCACAAACAACACAUGUCUUCUCCAGACAUGAUUAUUACGUUAAAAAUUUUCGAGAAAUACUCGACUACCUAAUUGUUCAAUACCGUGUUAUACUUAAGUCAAUGAAUGAUAAUUUGAAAUCGAUAGGAAAGUUAUCACCAAAAUAUAUUUUAGAUCUUACACAAGACGAUGCAAACAUUAUUAGUGAAAUGGUAAGUAUUGACAAUCCAGAACUAUUCUUCAAAGAAAUACAACUAUUUGCAGUUGAUAUAAAUAAACAUUGUGAUACUGUAUCACAAGCUGCAGCAUUUAUUGUUGAGCGAAAAAUAGUUAUUCCACGUGUAUAUCAAGCUUAUAGUUUUCUUUUAACACUACCAGUAAGCGUUGCAAAUAAUGAGCGAGGCUUCAGUAAGCUAAAAAUUAUUAAAAACAGAUUAAGAUCAAAGAUGAAGGAUUGUCGUUUACAAGCAUUAUUAUUGUGUUCUGUUGAAACGGAUCUCCUCGACAAAUUAACAGAUGAAGAACUUAUUGAAAAGUGGCUCAAGAACAAGUCUGGACGUCGUAUUUAA